GUACUUGGCGACGAAGGACGCUGUCGUAGCCAAGCGCAAGCGCGUCGCACCGCCUUCUCCCCUGGAUCGCGGCUGGUACGUCGACGGCUUGGUGACGGCCGUGCAGCGCUUUGAGAAUAGCAGCACGAAGCGCAUCAACCAGAACGGCGUGUUCGAGAUGUUGGGCUUGGGCGGCUUUUUCUUCGGCUACUUCGCCCGCUUCAAGUGGCCUUCGCCGGAGAAGCGGACAACCAUGGCCUUCCAGCCGGUCAGCAACAACGUAAAGGUCUUUGGGCAGGACUGGUCCUCGCCCUUCCCGGAGGGCUUCCAACCAGGUGCCGAGGGCGACGCACAGUUCGAGAGCGCCCGCCUGCAAGACUUGAACAUUUUCAACUUCUUCUACGUGGACGACAACGUCGCUGUGGCUCAAG